UUACUUUUUCUGGGUUAAAUUUUUACUACUUUAUUAUUCACUGAUUAUCAUAGGCAUGAUAUAUACAUGGCAUCGCACUAUUCGUUUGUUGUCUGUCUUUUUGCUGUAUUGAUUAUCGCAGUUGUAAAUUUUUUGGCACUAAUCUUAUUCUAUAUUCUGAUCACAUAAUUCUUAUUAGCUGUAUGACAUGCAUUGUACUAGUCCUGAUGUUCGCAUCACUGGAAGCUUUAAAGCAUCAAGAUGUCGACAAUCCAUUGCGUGUACUCUGUCAGCGAAUUGCAUCGCCGGGUGAUCUAAAUAAAUUAUUUCUCGAUGGUCAUUUAAAACGUGCACGCUUUUAUCGAUGGGCAAAAACAAUGAAGAAUUAUGUAACAUAG